AUGUCUAUUUUUAUCAUCUUAUUUUUAUUUUUUCAAGUUGUUAGUACAACAGUUAACCUAACCAUCAAUCAAGACUAUAUAUGUAAUUUCAAAUAUAUUCAAUUUUUAGAUCCAACAAUUGAAGAAGUUAAAAUUAAUAUUAAAGGAUUAAGAAGGCGUAAUAUAUUUUUUGAUUAUCAUUUGAACUUUAUGCAUGAUAAACUUACAUUUUCUCAAUAUAUACCAUCACUAGAAUUAAAUAUUUUUUCAUUGAUAAAAAGUAGAAAGGAAGUAGCAUUAAUAGUUGAGUCAAAUUUUCAAAAUUCAAUGAAAGUUUGUUUUGGUACAUUAUCUACAAAUUUUUUAGCAUUAUAUAAAUUUGAAUUUGAGUUUAAAAAAGAAAAAAAUAGUUCAUUGGAUGAAAAUGAUAGCGUUAUCCUUCCAAAUUUUGUUGAAAUUCCAUAUGAAAAAAAUGUCGAACUUAAAGAUGGAAUUUUUAUAAUUAUGAUAUUUAUAGUUAUAACACUUUAUCUUUGUCUACUUGUGUUAAUGUUUUGCAGAAAGAAGAAUAUUGUAGUGAUAAAAGAAAAAGAAAUUGAAAGGAAUAAAAAUAGAUACAGGUACAAUGGAAAUUUCAGAAAAUUGAUAGAAAAUCGUUAUAAAGUUUUAAAAGAUGAUCAAUAUCCUUCAAAAAAUGAAAUAAUUGAUCUUCCAAAGUGGAAUUCGAGAAGGCAAGUAAUAAAAGCUAUGAGGGAACAUAGGUUAAAUGCUAAGAGAGAUCUUGAAAAUGUUAAAAAAGCGAUAAAUAAUGAAAUUAAAUUAAGUAAGAAAAGUAAAGAUAAUAUAGUUAUUAAACGUGCUGACGAUAUACCUGCUGAAAAAAUUAAAAAUAAAGAUUCAAAUGUUGAAAUACGAGGAAUAACAAAAUUUUCCUCCAAAGUAUUUCCAAUACAAAAGAAGCAUAAAAGGAAAAAAAAUUAUAACUUAUAA